AUGUAUUAUCCCAGUGCUCUGCUGACGGGUGCCGCAAGUCCAACGGAGCUGGGCAUCAAGCUCGUGGACGGUCCUCACAAGCAGGAGCCUGCCAACCGACGCCUCCGAGGGCUUCUAGGCGACCAGUGGAUCUUCGACAGCUUAAGUGCCAGAUAUGUUUGGGAACAUCCGUACUUCCCGUAUUACUACGUUCCUGAGAAAGACAUAACAGCAGGCCCAGCAAAGAUCGAGAAGGAGAAGGAAGACAAGGCCGGCUUCUGGUUGGGAACAAUACGCAGCGGAGCCACGACUGCUGAGGCGCAGGGCUACGACAAAGGCCCGCUGCAAGGCCUCGUCAAGGUCAAGGUGUCGGACAUUGACUGGUUCGCGGAAGACGAAAAGCUUCUUGGCGGCCACCCCAAGGACCCUUAUAAACGCAUUGAGAUCCUUCCUUCUUCUCGCGAAAUUCGGGUCGAGCUCAACGGCACGGUUCUUGCCCAGAGUACAAACAACAUGUUCUUACACGAGACCAUGCUACCUACACGCCACUACCUGCCUCCAACUUCUAUUAAAGAUUGGGGCUUGCUGAGCAAAAGCGAUACAACUACUUUCUGCGCUCGUGAUACCAUCAUGGAUCCAAUGAUGUAA